AUGAAUUGCACCUCGUUGCGACACUCUGUCGCUGCCAUCACAGCGCCGAGGAACCCUGAGUCCAUUCGAGCCUCUCUGAAGAGGAAGAAGCACACCACUGUUUGGAGCAAUUGCGCGGCACCUGAGGGAAGGCAGUUGGCGCUGCAGCGCCCAUAUGAGUGCGCUUGGGCUCAGUUGAAGGCUAAAAUACUGAAAUGCAGCUCAGAUGCCCACGCGCAGUUCCAGGCGGUGCGGAUUCGAUUGGCGCCGAUGCAAAGGUCGCUCAUGGCCCUCAAUGGGACGACAACUUGGCGACCAUCAGCACUCAGCCAGGCCCGUCACAAGUCUCCACCGCUUCUGCCACGGGAAGAAGGAAUGCGUCCGAUACUGCAGAGACAAUCGGAAGAUCCUACAAAUUCAUGA